GCGUCUGGCGCUCUCGCAUCGGCCGCCGGGAUGUUUCGCACCACAGACGGUAAGCCGGGGGUGCGGAAACUGAUAAUCGACACGGAUCCCGGGGUUGACGACACGUGGGCCAUAUGCUUGGCGCUGCGAAGCCCGGAGGUUGAGGUCAUCGGGAUCACGUCGCUGUUCGGCAACGUUCGAACCAAGAUGGCGACGCAGAACGCGCUGUACCUGAUGGAGAAGUUCGGCCGUCCCGACAUCCCCGUCGUGGAAGGGUCCUUGACGAGCAUCGUCGGGGCGGAGAAGGAGCGCAUCGCUGACUUUGUCCACGGCGACGAUGGCUUUGGGAACACGAACCAACCAAAGCCCACUCUCGUGGCGGUCGAGGGCAAGACCGCGGCCGACUUCAUCGUCGAGAAGGCGAACGAGUUCCCCGGCCAGGUGACGGUCGUGGCCAUGGCGUCCGCCACGAACGUCGCCCUGGCGCUCCGACAGGACCCAGGCAUCAAGCACAAGCUCCACGAGAUCAUACACCUGUCCGGUGCCUUCUUCGUCAAUGGCAACGUGAACCCGUGCGCCGAGGCCAACGCCUUCGGCGACCCGGAGGCUGCGGACGAGCUCUACGGCAGCGGGGCGAGGGUGACCGUCAUAGGGCUGGAUGUGACCCAGAAGCUGGUGACGACGGCGAGGGACAUGGCGCGGAUGCGAGCUCGGAACCACCCGCACACGAAUUUCCUGCACGACAUCUCCCAGUUUUACAUGCAGUUUCACCGGGACACCGUGCGGCAGGAGGGGAUAUUCAUGCACGAUCCGGCGGCGCUCCUGCUGGCUUUCCGCAAGGACCUAUUCAGGUGUAAGCUGGGGCGCGUGAGGGUGGCCACCGAGGGUCUGUGCCGGGGCCAGACCAUAAUGGACGCGGGCGAGAAGCUGUGGAGUUUUCCCAACGCGUGGACGGAAAACUCGAGGCCGCCGGUGGAGGUUGCGCUGGACGUCGACGUGCCCGGAGCGAUGAGGGUGUUCCGGGAGAGGUACGGCAUCAGGAGCAAGUGGUCGUCGUGGCUGCCGUUUUAACGAAAUCCAAUCUUAGCGCGCGCCGCGGAGAAGACGACGGAAGGCGUGUGUCGCGCAAAGGUCCGAGGCGUUUUCUGCUUCGUUC